AUGUCACAAACUCCUCCAAAAAGAAAAUUACCUGAACAAAAAUCUGCGUUAGACGUUGCAGUUAAUCAGCUUGUCCGAGCUUCAGUAGGUGGUAACGUACCUUCUACACUUCCCGAUGAGGAUUUAGACAAGUAUAUUGCUGACUUGGUUUUAAAAGAAGCAUCUGCAAAGAAUAAAAUGUAUAAUAAAGAAGGUAUUAGAGCAUAUUUGCCACAUACCGGGACUCCACCAUGUAACCUCCCAAAGACUAAUAAAAGGUUUUUAAUUAAUGUGGUGAAAAAUGUGGAUCAUCAUAAUCAGGCUUUACUUAGGAAGAUAGAAGAAGAAGCUGCCGCUCGUAGGAUUGCUUUAAGACGAAAAGUUUCAUCACGUCAACGCGAUUCUUAUAGUAGAGAUUCUAAAACUAGUAAGUUAUCUAGAGAUCACGAUCGAUAUUAUAGCGAUGAUGAGAUUGAUUCUGACUCGGAUUCAUCAUCCAGCGAAAGAGGUCGAAAGAUAAGUCGUAGCAGGAGAUAUUCCUCCCGAAGCCCAAGUUAUGAUAAUAGAAAAUCAUCGUCUUCGAGAAAAAAAUCAAGUCGACGUUCCGUUAGUCCAGUUUCGUCCUCUUCCUCCUCAUACUUUCAUAAGAAAUCAUCUGUAUUAGAUAAAGAUGGUUUUAAUUCAAGGUUUGUCACAUCACGAGAAGAACUAUCAACAGAUUCGCCGAAGAAUAAACCCACAUCAGAAACAAACGUUGUUAGAAAAAAAGGACGUGGAGAAGUUAGUAAUGGGUCAAAAAUGGAUAAAUAUUUUAGAAAGGAUUAUGAUCCGAUGUUUGAUAUUGAACCAUUUAUUGGAGAAACUAAUUGGUAUAAUUAUCAAAGAUUUGAACAAAUUAAAUCCAAGAAAAAGCGAAGACGAGGUUCUGACAAUGAAAUGUCUUCUAGUUCAAAUGAAGACAAUGUUGAGACUAAUAUAAAAAUACGUCGGAAAAAUGAUGAUAACAAUCACAAGUCUAUAGUUUAUGAAUCGGUUCGCGAAUGGGAUAAACCAAAAUUAAGAAUGGGAGGCCGUAGAAAGAAUGUUAAAAAAGGAUUUCAAUUCACUCUUAUGGUUGUCGGCGCAUCAGGUACCGGCCGCACUACUUUUGUCAACACUCUUUGUGGCAGUGAAGUUUUAUCCAAAAAAUUAUGCGAUAACCCGGAUACUGCACAUAUAGAAGAAGGCAUUCGCAUUAAACCUGUCACAGUUGAGUUGGAAGAAGAUGGAGUUAGGAUUGCCCUAACAAUUGUAGAUACUCCCGGAUUUGGAGAUAAUAUUGACAAUGAAUUUUGUUUUCAAGAAAUUAUGGGAUAUCUUGAAAGGCAAUAUGAUGAUAUCUUGGCUGAAGAAUCCCGUAUUAAACGUAAUCCAAGAUUCAGAGACAAUCGUGUUCACUCCCUUCUUUACUUCAUCACCCCAACAGGUCAUUCCCUUCGUGAGAUUGACAUUGAAUUGAUGAAGCGACUAAGUCCGCGUGUCAAUGUGAUUCCUGUCAUUGGAAAGGCUGAUACUUGUACACCGACAGAAUUGGUUCAAUUCAAAAAGAGAAUAAUGGAGGAUAUUGAACAUCAUAACAUCCCAAUUUAUAAUUUCCCAUUCGAUGUAGAAGAAGAUGACGAAGAAACUGUUGAAGAAAAUAGUGAAUUACGAGCACUUUUGCCCUUUGCCAUCAUUGGCAGUGAGGAAGAAAUUAUGGUAAACGGAAGAAAUGUACGCGGUCGUCAGUACCCGUGGGGUGUCGUUGAAGUUGAUAACCCGCAACAUUCGGAUUUUGCAAGAUUGCGAUCAGCUCUAUUAAGCUCUCAUUUGCAAGACUUAAAAGAGAUUACUCAUGACUUCUUGUAUGAAAACUACCGUACUGAGAAACUUAGCAGAAGCGCUGAUGUUCCUGUCGAGGACUCCAGUAUCUUACCAGAAGAUCAUGCUACUCAAAGUGUACGAUUGAAGGAAGAACAAUUGAAACGUGAAGAAGAGAAGUUGAGAGAAAUUGAAUUGAAAGUUCAACGUGAAAUUACUGAAAAGAGACAAGAACUCUUGGCCAAAGAAGAAGCCUUAAGAAAUUUGGAAGCACGAACUUCCACUAAUGAAUCGUGUUUAACUCCUACUAUUAAUUCAAUCGAAUCUGUCAAAAAAGACAUCAUAUUCUGA